AUGCAACCACUAAACCCCUUUCUAGCCGCCUUCUUCAAGAGCCAGGUCGCCGCACAGUGCACCCCCGUCCACCACCACAUCCUGCUGGUGCCGCUGACCGAUGUGCUUCUCACCCAUCGCGAGACGGAGAGCGGCGCCCCGGCCCACGAGGUCGUCGCCUCGGACGAGUUCCUAGCCAGCCAUGUGCUGCGCAUCCCCGGCCCCGACGGCCCUGUGGCUGGCAAGGACAGCUCGCAGAACCUGCGCGAGGCGCGAGGCAAGGCUCGCCAGUUUAACACACUGAACGGGAGGAGCGUCAUCGUCAAGGACUCGUUCAUCUACAGCAACAAAGGUAUACCCGGCAAGAGAAGCUCAAGCAAGGCACCUCCGGUAGCUAAUCCUAUCAUGUUCUCAGGAUUUAAGAAUCUUGCGCAAGCCCAGAUCCUCAAUGACACCAUAUGGUACCCGGAUGUCACCGAACCGCGACAAUGGCUGGUAUACUACAUCUCGAAGCCUCUGAUUGGAGCCUGGGAGGAGGUCAGGCUUGAGCCUGCAGUGCUCGUAUCGGGAGUCAGGAGCCGUGCCGCCGCAGAGCAACAACAAAAACGGCAAGCUAACGGCGACUCAGCCGAUGCCCUGCCGCGCAAAAAGGACAUUAGGAGCUUUCAGGAUCUUCUCAACCACUUCCCCAUGAUUGCCCGGCAGAUGCAGCCCGGGUUAGAAAAGCUCUUUGUUGAGUUUACGACAGUCUUCCAGAAACCCCUACCACCGCCGCCAUCGGCUUCAUACAUUCCCGACCCCAAACCAGAUGGUCCUGUUACUUCUGCUGCUAGAAGAGCAAGGGCAGACAGCUUGACAGCUAGAAAUGGGAAAGCUCAUCUACAUAAUAACUUGCCUGUGGAAGAAGACUUUUAUGCGGAAGAUGAUGAGGAUAUCAUGCGCGCUUCGCUCGAGAGCGCGGUUACAGCUGCCAUUGAUAUCUUUCAGGGGGUGGAUAAACAACAGCUGUCUCUACUAGGCGCCACAACAGACUUGACAGGUCCGCUAGUGGAAAAGCUCAUUGAGCGCUACAUUGCUGAAAAUGUCCAUGGCCUGUUAUUCGGCAAGCUCAGUGCCAUUAAGAGACGAGAUGACCUGGAACUGGAAGCCAAGAUACGCAAAAUGGAGUUUAUCGACAUCUCUCAGCUUGGCAUCGCUAUUGAUGGAGGCCUAAAGGCUAAGAAUGAUCUCGUUACCCAACUCAACCCUGCUGUCGAUGAAUUCAGGAGGAUAUCCAACGCCAUGAGUCCGCCGGAAAUGUUGGACCUAUUACUGUCAACAAUGAAGAUUGCUUCGCAGCUAACCGAUACUUCACGGCCUCUAGCCGGCGCCUCAACGGAGGCAUCUACUUCUGAAAAGGCCAUCAUGACCGUCAAUGCAGAUACCCUAGUUUCGCUACUGUUAUACGUCAUCAUUCGGUCUCAAGUGAGAAAUCUACAGGCUCGACUCACCUAUAUAAGAAAUUUCAACUUUGUCGAAGAUGUAGAUAGCGGGGAGAUGGGCUAUGCUUUGAGCACUUUCGAAGCCGUUCUGGCAUAUCUCUUCGCAGACUCGGCAGGAUUGCGCCGUGCCAGCAAGAAGAACAGAGCCUUGUGGGAUGCCGCCAAGGGGGCGGAUAUGAAGGCGCUGAGAGAUAUUAUGGAGCCAAGCCCUGGCGCUGUUGAUGACGACGACAUUGAAGAUAGUGACAGCGAUGCAAAUGAUCGAAUCCCAGCUAAUGUCGGAUUCAAUAAUCCGCCGCGCAGUUCGUCGAGGCGAAACUCGCUUGUUUUGAGCUCCUCGGACCGAUUUUCUCAUGGCACCGGACUCGGUCACGUUUUCCCCUUUCAACUCUCCAACGGCGAUGGCGCAAGCGAUUCGCUCCUUGAUCUGCCAGUGAAGAAGAUUAAGCGCGUGGCCAUGGAUACGCGCAGUCUAUCCAGCGCAUCAGAAUUCUCAUACCACUCCAUGACAGCAAGCGUUGGCUCUCUGAGCAGUGCGCUAGAGGGUGACAUAUCUGUGGAGAGGCUUGCGCAUACCAGCAGUGCCUUGGGAGAGUCAGUCUUGAUGAUGGCUGUGCAGGGCGGAAGUGUGGAAAUCCUGGAAUAUCUCUUGUCCCUGUCCGGAUAUUAUCCGUUUGACAUUGUACUAACCGACGUGAACAACGAAAACACGACGCUUUUGAGCGCCGCCGUCCAGCUAGGGAACCGAGACCUCAUUAGCUCACUUCUUGAUUAUCUCCUUGGCAAAGCCAAUCCGAUACAGCUGGCGCAAUAUUUCUCAGUACAGGACGUCUGGGGCCGAAGCGUUGGACACUAUCUGUUCAACGCGCCGUGGAUGAUUAAUUCUAUCGGGACUCUUAUUCAAUGGCGCCAAAGAGACAAAAAUGGACAGACGCCGCUUUUUGCGCUGUGUCGCUGUUACGACCACGUAGAUUACUAUGCUAUGGUGGAGGAUGGCAUACGGGCUGCGCAGCAAUCACAGCUUGAUGGGCAGCCGCUACAUGUCGACGAACACAUUGACGGCAAAGGCAACACCCUGUUGCACAUUAUGAAUGAUCCGAGAUUGGCAUUGAGAAUCUUACAAUUCUGCGAUGUGGAUGUAAAUGCUACAAACGAGAAGAAGUUUACGGCAUUGAUGGUUGCCAGCAAAUAUGGCCGAUACGACAUGGUCAGGGCUCUUUUUGCCGACCCUCGGGUAGACCUUGGAGCUAAAGAAUUACGGGGUCUCACCGCGGUAGAGCUGGCUAAGGACGACGAGGUGAGAAAUAGGAUCGAUGACCUCGGGCUUUUCAGCAUGCCACCAGCACGGGAUGGGCGGAUCACGGGCGUGGUCAGGGCCUUUUUCGUGGAAGAUAGUACUGUACGGUUGGUUCUCAAGUCGGCAGCUCCAACGGACCAUGAUAGUUAUACCGUAACUACGAGCCGCCGAUCCCUGACCGAUUUCGAGCAGUUGGCACGCCUGCUGGCUGAGGAGAAUCCAGCAUCGUGGAUCCCGUCCAUGGCAGACACCCGAUGGCCAUUUCAGCUGCCGUCCCGGCCGUCUCGAGCAGCGUUGCGAGAUAUUCAGACACGAACCGACUGGUUCCUGAAGAUUAUGCUGAGCCAUCCUACUCUUUCUACCCACGAGAUGCUAUGGGAGUUUUUCUUGGUACCGGAGCUACAGCUAGAGGUCAUGGAGCAGAGAACAAAGCUCAAAGCAGAAACAAGAUUAGAAAAGGUUCGAGAGGAGUACGAGCCGAUGGAAGACAUACGAGUAGUGGAACAAUUUGUUGACCACGCUCGCGAUAUGGUUCGAAGCGUCAGCUAUUCGACCAAGAGCGUAACGAGGCGUGCCAAUGCCGCCACUCAAGUUGCCGCUGAUUAUUAUGAUGCAGCAGCGUUGCUCUACCGAGCUGUCUUUACUAUCCAAUUUCUUCCACCGCAGCACAUUGUCGGCAUGGAGGUGUUUGUCAGAGCCAUGGCGCCGGCACAACACAACCCUCAGAUUAUAUUCCAUACCACGCUAAUGGCGAUUCAGUCCACAGUACAGGCAAUGCUUUUAUCACUAUCCAAACCCGCAAGCCUUAUUGGGCAAAUCACAGCAGCGAAGCGAGAGGCGGACAGAAACGACAGCGCUGCAACACGACCUUCGCGAUGGGCCCUGGGUUUGCUUGAUGACUCUAGACAACGAAAUCAGGAAGAAAAGGGGAAGCGGGCGCGCGAAUCACGAGAGCAAGCAGCUUUUCUCUCCAAGGAACUCCGAUACACACAACAAACGGUGGCAGCCGAACUGGCUGGGUGGAAGGAGUCACACGAUCAGGUGGCUAUCCGGGCCAUUCGCGAUUAUGCCCGGGGCAUGGCGGUGCAAGAGAGAAUAAGGCUCGAAGGCAUGAUGCGAGCGUUGAGAAUAGUGCGCAUGGGUAACUAUCAGCAAGGCGUGAUGAACACCAUGUCUCAGCGACGACCGCCAUCGCCUCCAACGGAUGGGAAGCAAGAGGCCGAAGAUGGGGAUGAUGUGCCACCUGGAAACGAAACGAGUGGAGCGGAGUGA